CACAAUAUUCCACGCGUAAAGUUAAGUUUAGUGUUAAGAAUGAUGCAGUAAUUAAGCCUUUCUCAAACAAAUCUACACUCUCCAAAGAUCGUAUCAAUGAUGUUGAUGUAAUCGGAAGGUGUUUAGCUUUAUCGUGCACCAAUUAUAAAGAAAACCCCCAGGAUGGCCGGUGUAAAGAGUGAGGUGAUUUAUCUCGGCGACAAGGACCUUAACCGCAACCGGAACAACCGCGAUCAGUCACCGGAGAGGCAGAUCAAGGUGCUGUUUUUCGACUUGACGCACUACAAUCGAACCACCCAGUUUCUGCUAUGCUGUGCAGGCGUCUUUGUCCUAUAUCUGGUGUAUGGCUACAUGCAGGAGCUAAUAUUCACGCUGGAAGGAUUUCGCCCGUACGGAUGGUAUUUAACGUUGGUCCAGUUUGCUUACUACACCGCGUUUGGGUACAUUGAACGAUCGCUGGAGAAGACGACCGUCCCGCGUUGCAUUCCGAUGAGGACGUAUGCGCUACUAGCCUUUCUCACACUCGGUACGAUGGGACUAUCCAACUCGAGCGUGGGUUACCUGAACUAUCCAACGCAGGUUAUCUUCAAGUGCUGCAAACUGAUACCCGUCCUGGUGGGAAGUGUGCUGAUUCAGGGCAAGAAACACGGUCCGAUGGAUUUCUUCGCCGCUUUUGCUAUGUGCCUUGGGUUGAUCCUGUUCACGCUGGCUGACUCGAAGGUACAGCCCGACUUUAACAGCUUUGGAGUGUUCUUAAUUUCAAUGGCAUUGCUGUGCGAUGCAGCGAUCGGCAAUGUGCAAGAGAAAGCGAUGCGCGAGCAUCGGGCACCGAACAAUGAGGUCGUCAUCUACUCGUACGGCAUUGGAUUUGUGUAUCUGGCUGUGAUAAUGCUACUGUCCGGGCAUCUCGUAAAGGGCAUCGUGUUCUGUGCCGAGCAUCCGAUGAAAACGUACGGUUAUGCGUUCCUGUUCAGCUUAACCGGCUAUCUGGGUAUACAGAUUGUACUGACGCUGGUUCGGACGUGCGGUGCGCCAUUGGCGGCCACGGUCACAACAGCGCGUAAAGCUGUGACAAUUGCUUUGUCAUUCGUGUUCUUCAGCAAACCAUUUACCAUACAAUAUCUCUGGUCCGGACUGAUCGUCGUGUUCGGGAUCUAUCUGAACGUUUACAGCAAGCGCAGCAAACUAACUUUUGCCGAUUUGGGCCGGAUGCUCAACACGGUCUGCCGAAGGAUAACACGACAGCCGACAAAGGACGGUCCCAAAACGUCUCUGCUGGAAGUGUGAUUUUGCUCCGAUGCGGGGCUUCGUUAGUUUUAGCUAUAGCAAACAAUAUUCCAAACUACGACAAGCUUAAAUAUAGGGAAGGUUUAACGUAAAUGCGCACCUAGAAAAUUGAGGCAAAACUCCAUAUUCGAUUGAAGUUUGCAAAAUUAAUGCAACGAAAACUACGAAAAAGACCCCAGUGAUAAUUGCGAUAAUUUCUGUGGUAAACAUCACAAAACUGCGAAAACUACCUAAUAAAACUACAAUCGAACUUCAAAUAAAUUGCUCAAAGCCCAAAAAAAGUUUUGAAAAGAUGAGAAAAAUUUUCUGGAAAAUUUACCACAAACAAGGAAUC